AUGCAGCUGCAGGUGCCUCCAUCAUCAGCCUUCACAAGACUGUGUGGGACAAAGAGAUGGAUCUCAUCACGAGCUAUGAAGAGAUGGGGUACUGCACCUCCAUUUAUGGAAUCCGGCCAGAAGAGAUGGAAUUGUAUCCCAGUGCUUCCAUCUACAUCAUCGACGAAGGCCAAAACCCGAAACCCUGAAGCCCGAAGCCCUAAACCCUAA